CAUCAUGAAAACAAAUUCAUCUCAUCCAAGGGCUAUAACUCAACGAAACUAAAUAGAAUCCCAAGCCCCAAAUCGUGUUUCAGCCCUAGAAUCCCCAUGGAGAGCCCGACCUAAUCUCAAACUGGGAAACGGACCCCAUUACCGCCGACCUCAUCUGAAACUGGAAAGGACCGCCGCCGCGACCAUGGAUUGGCCUGAGUCUGUGCUCGACUGAACUUGAAAACACAUCUGAAAUUUUGUUUGAGACUAUGGUGAAGGUGCGGCAUUGAAUGUGGAAGGAAGAACAAAGUUGAAAGCUUCAUAUAAUAACACAAUGAAUUCUUUCACACAACACUAAAUAUGAGCAUCUUAGUCAAACACAUGUGAACCCACUGCGCCAAAAGAUUGCAUUCCAAACUAUGCUUACUUUAUAGUAUAGACACGUGAACCCACCAUUUCUGUUGCUAUAAUCAAAUAUGAAGCUUGGAUUUGCAAUCUCUUAUUGCCCAAUUCCUCCAUUGUUGCGCCGCUCUUUCUUAAGUCAUCGUUAUCUUUGUUCUCUAACCGAAAUUGCUUCUGCUACUGAUAGUAAUAAACCCAACACUGAACAUGAAGAAGCCAUAUCUAACCUCGGCCUUCACCAUCAUCAAGACCCAUGUUCCCCAGAAACCAAAUUCGAAAACUUUACUGAACCCACUUCGCAAACACCAGAUUUGACGCAAUCCCAUGUGAUAAACACUCUGCUAAGCCACAGAGCCGACCCUUUCUCGGCUCUCAGGUACUUCAGAUGGGUAGAAGGAAUGAGAGGCUUCGCUAAAGGGGUUGACUCCUUUUGUGUUUUGCUUCACAUUUUGACAGGUUUUUCGGAGACCCACGGACAAGUUCGGAGCUUGCUUAAUCAGUUUGUUUCUGGUGAUUCUGGUCCAUCUCCUUCUGUGUUUGUUAAUCACUUGGUUGAGUGCGCUCCAAGGUUUGAUUUUGAAUUGGAUUCUCGAGUUUUCAAUUACUUGUUGAAUAGUUAUGUUAGAGCUGAUAGGAUAAGAGAUGCUAUAAUUUGUUUUGAUAAGAUGUUAGAGCAUGGCAUGGUUCCCUGGAUUCCUUUUAUGAAUAUUCUUUUGACUGUAUUGGUUAGAAGAAACAUGUUAACUGAAGCUCGAGAAUUGCAUGAUAAGAUGGUUUUGAAGGGAGUUUUUGGUGAUUGUGUAACUGUACAUGUCAUGAUGCGGUCUUGUUUGAAGGAAGAGAGGUUAGAGGAAGCUGAAAACUAUUUUAGUGAGGCGAACACUAGAGGUAUCGAACUCGAUGCUGCGGCUUAUAGUAUUUUGAUUCAAGCUGUUUGUAAGAAACCCAAUUCUAGGAUGGCUUCUGAGUUGUUAAAGAAAAUGAGAGAACUGGGUUGGAUUCCCUCCGAGGGUAUAUUUACUUGUGUUAUUGGGGCUUGUGUGAAGCAGGGAAAUGUGGUGGAAGCAUUGAAGAUUAAGGAUGAAAUGAUGAGCUGUGGAAAGCCUUUGAAUUUGGUUGUUGCUACAAGUUUGAUCAAAGGGUAUUGUGUGCAAGGGAAUUUGGAUAGUGCUUUGGAUUUGUUUGAUAGUCUCAAGGAGUACGGCCUGAGUCCAAACAAGGUUACAUAUGCAAUCAUAAUUGAGUGGUGUUCUAAGAGUGGAAAGAUCGAAAAGGCAUAUGAGCUUUACAACCAAAUGAAACACGUAGGUAUCGAACCCAAUGUCUAUGUAGUGAAUUCUUUGUUACGCGGGGUGUUGGAAUUUGGUUCGUAUGAAGAUGCGUUGAAGUUGUUUCAUGCGGCAGUUGAGUGUGGUGUUGCUAAUAUAUUCACAUGGAAUAAUGUUUUAUGUUGGCUUUGUAAUAAGGGCAAAGUAAAUGAAGCUUGUGCAAUAUGGGAUAGCAUGAGUUGUAAGGGUAUAGUAGCUAAUGUAGUGUCUUAUAACAUAAUGAUACUUGGCCACUGCCGAAGAGGGGGGAUGGAUGUGGCACAUAACCUCUUUAUGGAGAUGCUUGAAAGGAAUCUAAAGCCAAAUGUGAUCACAUAUUCUGUUUUGAUUGAUGGGUAUUUUAGAAAAGGUGAGGCCAAACGCGCCUUUGAUCUUUUUGACCAAAUGAAGGCCAUUAAUAUAGCCCCCACAGAUUUCACAUACAACACUAUCAUUAAUGGCCUGUGCAAAGUUGGUCGAACAUCUGAAGCAAGGGACAUGUUGAAGAAAUAUACUGAGAUGGGAUUUGUUCCUAUUUGCUUGACCUAUAAUAGCAUUAUAGAUGGGUUUAUCAAGGAGGGUGAUACUGAUUCUGCACUUACAGUUUAUAGAGAAAUGUGUGAAGUUGGGGUUUCUCCGAAUGUCGUCACAUACACUAGCUUGAUGAAUGGGUAUUUCAAGAGCAACAAUAUCAAUCUUGCUCUGAAAAGUAGGAAUGAGAUGAUGAGUAAGGGCAUUGAGUUAGAUAUUGCUGCAUAUGGUGCUCUUAUUGAUGGGUUUAGCAAAGGGCAAGACAUGGUAACUGCCUCUGAACUUUUCUCUGAACUUCUUGAGGCUGGUCUAUCUCCAAAUGCAGCUGUAUACAAUAGUAUGAUUUGUGGCUUUCGGAAUUUAGGAAACAUGGAACAAGCUAUCGGUUUACAUAAGCGAAUGGUGAACGAAGGGAUUCCUUGCGAUUUACUCACUUACACUACAUUAAUUGAUGGACUGCUGAAAGAGGGAGAGUUGCACGACGCAUUAGAUCUUUACUCGGAAAUGCUUUCGAAGGGUAUUGUGCCUGAUAUCAUUAUGUAUACGGUUUUAAUAAAUGGCCUUUGUAACAAGGGACAGCUAGUGAAUGCGCGCAAGGUGUUGGAAGAGAUGGAUCAAAAGAAUCUUGCGCCUAGCGUUCUUAUUUAUAAUUGCUUGAUUGCUGGGCACUUCAGGGAGGGAAAUUUGCAGGAGGCCUUUAGGUUGCACGAUGAGAUGCUUGACAGAGGUCUUGAACCCGAUAACACCACUUAUGAUAUUCUUGUAAAUGGAAAUGUGAAGAGAAUGUCCUCUAAACUUGCCAAUGCUUCACUUGCUCAUGCGCUUAGCUAGUCAGUUUACUCAGAUCUAAGAUAUUCAUUUUUUUAAGGUGGUCAAGCAUAUUUAUCAUCCAUUCAUCUUUCUUUGGCUGAUUGGAGCAGAAAAUAAAACAGACAACAGACUUGAAAACUGGUCUGAUCUGAUUAUGGUCAUACUGUCUCUCAAAUUACAUUGCUGAUUGUUGAACCAACUACCAAAUUGGUAAGCAUGUAUUCGUAUUUAUUCGCGAUUUCUACAUCUCAAUUAAUCAGUUCACACUAGCAUAUUACAAAAAAAAAUUACAAAUCUGUUCUGAUAGAUGGAUCGAAUACUUGCUACAUAUGAUAUAGGAAGUCCUAAAAGAAGAGGAGUCAUCAACUUUGAAUAAGUUAGCUCAAGGUGUGACUUUGAUCUUCUGACUGUAUAGAGACUGGUAAAAUUUCAGUUUCAACGUUUUUGGUUUCUUUUACUAAUCCACAACUUAUACAAUGAAUGAGGCAGUGAGGUCGAAAGCGAACCACCAUGGUUGGAUGAGAAGCCACUGAAGCAUUCUCUGUAUUAACUUCUUCGAUAUUAUGAAUUUUUCAUGAGAGUUUUGUAAAUGAAAAAUUAUGAUGAUGAGAUUUAGCUUACUCGAGUUCAACUUUUGUAAGUUUAUGUCAAAAGACCUUGAUGAUAAAGUUUAUACCACUAAAUAAAGCUCUUAUUUUUGGCUUA